AUGCACUUCACUACCUCUGUGGCUAUCCUUGCCGUCGCCGCUGGUGUCCAGGCUGCUAAGCGCGCCGAGCCCCCCGUGCACGAGCGGGUCGCUCGUGCCGCCGGUGGCACUGCUGCCGGAACUGGCGCCCAGACCGGCUCCCACCCCAUCAACACCGGCGUGCCACUGCAAACCGGUACUGGCAGCAACGGUACCGCUGUUACCUCUACCCCCGUCGUGAGCACUCCCCUCUCGACCCCCUCCGGCAGCCGCAGCUCUAGCGCUGCCCACGGCCCCAGCAGCUCUGGCUCCACCUCUGGAUCCGGCUCCGGCAGCUCUGGAUCCGGCUCCGGCAGCUCUGGCUCCGGCAGCUCCGGUAGCUCUGGCUCUGGCAGCUCCGGCAACACCCCUGCCUCUCCCAGCUCCACUGGCUUCAGCCCCACCAACGCUGGCUCUAACGUCAGCCCAAUGGGCGUUGCCGGCGCUGUUGUCGGCGGUGCUGCCUAUGGUCUUAUGCUCCUCGCAUAA